AUGGAACCCCCUAUUUGUCGUGCUUCGCCUUCCGACCCUGAGUGUUCGGGCCAAGUGGGCCUCACAUACGAAUACGAUCAAAGUCUUAGCGGUGGCGGUGGGAAAUCGUCAAUAUUAUUGAGAGGCACAAAUCCUCAAAGAACCCAUGAAGCCAGUGGUAAGCAAUCCCCUACCUUCCCGCAGAACUAUCCCUCAGCGCUUUUCAGGUUAUCUCCGCACGAGGCAUCGGACUUGGAUGUCAUCCUCCUCGGCCACAGUCUAGGGGGUCUUAUCGCUGCAGAGGUUGCCCUCAUGACAUCUCGCACUAGCCCUGGUCAGAUUGAAGCCAAGAACCUGAGGCAUAACAUUGCUGGCUUGGUAGCGUUCGAUGCACCAUUCCUUGGACUUCAUCCUCGCGUUGUGGGAACAGGAAUUGGCAGGUUAUUUCAUCGCAAAGCAGAUACGAACAGCAAUAAUGAAGACAAAGAUCAGGAAGAUGCCAUACGGGACAUCGUCGCGAACGAGGACGCAACAUUCAAUCCGGUCCUGACAAACGACGUGAACAAGCCUCGGUGGAAAGGCUGGGAUGGAGCUCGCCAUUUUUUGGAGAAGAAUAAACGUCAUUUGUCCCGUUCGGCGCUACAGUACGUGUUCUCAUACUAUGACCACGCCGGGUGCCUGAACAAUUAUUUCGGUCUCUUAAGGCGACACAAGAAGCUCUGUCGUUUGGCCACGGUUGGCGGAUCGACUGGUUCCAGUUCGAGUGGCAGGCGGCUCCGGUUCGUCAAUUAUUACACGACUGCCUACCCCGUGAAGAAAACGCCGGAGUGCGACAUUGACAGAGAAAAGAGCCUGCGGAAUGAGAAACGGCCUGCCUGUCGCAAGACUACGGGACUACAUGAGAAUCCCGUAGAGCGUCAAAAGAAGGGAACGAACGGCAACUCAUUUCACUCGUCGGUAGAUCCAGUACCCUCCCCCACCGACGCGGACAGUAGUUUUCCUCCAGCAAGCUCUUGCGAUUCAGAUCGAGGUGGUAGCAGAUGCGGUGAUUCAAACUCAGGUUCGAUGUCAAGGGGCCGACACUUCUGUCUGGUUUCGAAGGAACCCUGCGAAAAGCAGCUCUGGGUUCCUCUCUCCAUGGACGGGAUGGACGAAAUCACCGCCCACCAGUCCAUGUUCCUUCCUCUUGGCACGUACUACGAGCAGCUAGCUGCAGAUGUCGUGGCACGGGCGUACGAUGGCGAUGACCCUUAA